AUGUCGUGUUUCAGAGGGGAUCCAAACUUCUGCCCGGAGUGUGGGAACGUCCUCCCGCUGCCCGGGGUUUCGGACACGGUCCGGUGCCCCCGGUGCUCCUUCCGCAUCCCGGUGACAGAGUUUUCUGGCCAGGAGGUCCGGUCAGUGGUUGUUUUUAACCCCGCGGAGGAGUCCCAGGUGUCCCUCCGGGAUGAGGAGGGCUCGGAGCUGAAGGGGCCCGUGAUCGACCGGCGCUGCUCCCGCUGUAACAAAGAGGGGAUGAUCUACCACACCAGGCAGAUGCGAUCCGCCGACGAGGGCCAGACCGUCUUCUUCACCUGCACGCACUGCAGGUUCCAGGAGAAAGAAGACUCCUGA